CCUACGUGGCCGAUGAAGCUCGACAUGCUUAAAGAAACGCCGCUGCCCACACCCUACCUAGAACCCACGCGUUGGAGAACUACGUCGAUGUGAGAAUGAUGCAUACAGGAUUUUUCUUGUAGAUCCAGCACUCAUCACUGGCACAACAGCCACGCCGCCAAAAGCCCGAAGACAAGAGUUUACAGUAUUUACAAUUGAAACAAAAGCUACUAAUAACUUGAGGUUAUAAGUGCCAUAUUGGCUAUUUGGAAACAAAACCAAAGAGAAAUCCUAUCAGCUUAAAUUGCUGGUAUCAUCACUCUUCAGACUUUCUAGCGACAUGAGUGCUUCGGAAAACCCCCUGAGUCUGCCAUGCGGAGACCAUUAGUGUAUUUACAGCCUUAUGGAACGCCUCGCUCCUACAGUCAACUUCUUAGUCCCGCAAAAUAAGUCUUACGGCCUUACCCAGCCGCUGUGGAAAUUACCUUGUCCGUACCCACCACGCUCCUGGCACCAUUCGCCUUUAGUUCCAAGUAUCCGCUCCUCCAGCUAUGAGGGAACCUAUCAGAACAAUGCGGAUGCUCUAAAACCUUUGGCGCCACUAAAGCCACAUUGCCAGGCACAGCGAAUAGCUUCAUAACUAACCCCAUAGCGCAACCAAUGAUUCUGGAACCGACACGCCAGAUCGGCGGAUUCACGCGAGCAUAAGGGGGAAUCGGGUAAGCAUGGCCGCGUCAAACUCUAAACGAGCAUCUAUCAAGCGAUAUAUAGGAAUUAUGUAUUCAAAGAUGGCUGCAUUCUAGCAUCCGGGUUGGCCUUGCUAUUUUACCAUCACACUCGUUUUUCUCUUUUUUAGUCAGUCUUUACUCUAAGUCGCCUCGAUGAAGCUGAGCGAUGUUUUGUUCGGUGCCAUUCUGUGCAUUUCCGCUCCAGUGAGAGGAGAAUGGACUGUCGGCCAAGGAGUCUACACCCCAAGCGGUCUUGUCUUAGGGUCGGCAGCAUCUAAGUUACCCAGCGUUUCCGUCUAUCGCGGUAUCCCGUACGCUCAGCCGCCCAUCGGUGAGCUUCGCUUUGCAGCGCCACUGCCCUUCUCUGGCAACACGCAUUUGCCCUUCUCCGAUAGUCCGUCUAUUGACGGCACUAAAUUCGGUGCAUCCUGUCCCGUAUCAAGCUAUUUCGCUGGGAAGCCGGUUACGAAAGGGAAGGGCCUAAGUGCCGCGGGGCUGGCGACGCUUGCCCAAUUGACUAAAGGCAAUAACGACACCAGUGAAGACUGCCUGACCCUUAAUGUGUGGACGAAGCCACAGACUGGAGAGGAGAAGAAAGCCGUGGUGAUUUGGGUGCACGGCAAGGGGUAUACGACCGGAUCUUCAUCUGAUCCAGUAUAUGAUGGGCAGUUCAUAGUGAACGAGCAGGACAUCAUUCUUGUGACUUUCAACUACCGCAUGAAUAUCUUUGGCUUCCCAGGAAGUUACCUCAACACCAGAAAUAUCGGACUCCUCGACCAGCGUCUCGCCGUGGAAUGGGUCCGCGACAACAUUGCCGGUUUUGGCGGUGACCCAGCCCGUAUCACCCUCAUUGGAGAUUCUGCUGGCGCAGGCUUAGUCGAUUUGUACAGCUUCGCGUACGUUGACGACCCCAUCAUCUCCAGCAUGGGCCUCCUAUCCGGAACCACCUCACUCAGCGGAUGGGAUCCCGACUCGUUGCCAAAAGCCGAAAGGGACUGGAACAGUGUAACCUGCGACAUCUGCCGCAUGGGGACCGAGACUGAUUUCGCCAAGGUCAUCGCCUGUAUGCGCAACAAAACCACCGCCGAGAUCACCGCCGCUAUUCCAAUCACAACCAACCCCUACGGCAGCAAAUCUUUCUUCCCAAAUAACGACGGCAAGACCGUCUUCUCCGAUUACUACGAGCUCGCCAGGACCGGAAAGUUCAUCAAGGUGCCUCUCCUCAUCGGCAAUACUGAUGACGAGACUGCCUACCACCGCAUCAUGGCCGACGUCUUCGCUCCAUCAUAUGGAUACGGCCAGACAAAUUACGACAACGAGCGCCGCAACUACUACACCUGCCCCGCAUCUGAACGCGCCAGACACACCGCCGACCUCGGCGUCCCCACCUGGCGCUAUGGCUACUUUGGUGACUUCAAAGACGCCCGUCUCACGACGGCGGCGCACGGCCGGGCCUACCACGGCUCGGACGUGCUUCUGAUUUUUGGCACGGAGCUGGUGCCGGGCGUGAAGCAGGAUGCCGACGAGCUUAAGCUGGCAAAGUACGCGCGUGGUGCGGUGGCGGCGUUUGCACGCAACCCCAAAACCGGGCUGAAGACCUACGGAUGGCCGCAGUAUAACCCGAAGGCGAAGUCGCUGGUUCAGUUGGGGAAGGAUAAUAAGGUUGGGACGUUUGCCGUGACUCCUGCGGCGUUCGAUACGGGGUGUCUGUAUUAGAAGGCUCAUUUGGGGCUUUGUACAGUACACCAUGAUUCUCAUCGCACUUGUGCGGAGGCCUCUGCGAUGAGCGGUGUUGUCAAAUUAAUUUUUGUGGCCCCUUUUCCUAGCUUUUGAGAUGCUGUUGAAGUGAUAAUUAUUCCCCUUGUUAAUGGAGGCGACCUACCACAUAUUCAUGUUCGCACCACAACAUUUUGGCAGUAUAUUAGAAAACGACCCC